UAAAACAACAUGAAGUUAAAUAGCAGAAAAAGCUGACUCUUACUCACUCAAACCAGAAAAUUAGUUGCAGAAUUUCAAUUUCAAUUCAGGAGAAAUAAACAAACAAAACCUACCUAUCAAUUAGUUGCAGAAUUUCAAUUUCAAUUUCAAUUAUUCAGUUGAAAAAUCAGUUGAAACAGGCAAACAAUUAUUCAAUCAAUUAUUCAAUCACUAUAUUAGUUCACACUUCACAGUUCACAGAAAAACAAUUAUUCAAUCACUAUAUCACCAUAUCAGUUCACAGUUGAAUGACUUGAAUCAGAGUUCACAAAACUUCACUAUAUCAAUAAACCACAUAUCAGAUACAGUGUUUUAAAAUUGCGGCCAUGGCGGCGCCAUGGCGGAAUGGCGUGGCGGGAUUUGACCUCACCGCCAUAUGUAGGCCACCGCAACGUGCUUAUCACGGCGGGGCAAAAGGCGCCGCAAUGGCGGUGGCGCCAUGGCGGUCCGCCAUGGAGAAUGGCGAAAAUGGCGGAUUUUUUCGGGUUUUUUAAAAAAAUUCGGGGGUAAUUGGGUAAUUUUGCAAAACCCUAAAUGAAAGUGUAACCCACCUUCAGCAGCUGCAGUUCAAAAACGAGCCUUCAACCUCCAGAACGGCUCUUUCUCUGUUCUCUUUCUCUCUUCUCUCUGCCUCCAAUCACCGCUGAGCCACUGCCCGUCGCCGUCCGUCGCCGCCCGUCGCCGGUGGUGGUCACCGCCGUUCAUCACCACAAUUCCCUCUUUUUUCUGGUUUGUAGAAGUACCGUUUCUUUUUUUUUUCAUUCAGUGAAUCAGUUCACCCACUUCCCUGUCUCCUUCUCCUUCUCUUCCCUCAUAAACUUCUCUUCCUCCAAUUUUUUUUCCUUUCAGCUCAGUUCAUCAUGUCAACUUCUAGACCAGCCCCUGCCUCUACCCCUGUUCCUACCCCUGCCCCUGCCUCUGCCUCUGCUGGCCAUGUUGCUGGAACUGCUGCUCGUCCUGCAGCUGCUGUCCGUGCCAGUAGGAUUGAUCCAGGGUGGAAAUAUGUUACUGCUGUAGAAGAGGGAAAUACCAAUGACACCAUAUGUAAUUUUUGUGGAAAAAUUACGAGAGGAAGAAUUACACGGGCAAAGGAGCACUUAAUGAUUAAGCCUGGGAAUGUUGCUGGAUGUAAAAUGGUCCCAAAGGAUGUUAUUGCUGAAUUAUGGGAGUUCUACAACCAAAAAAAAAAAUUGAGGAAGACAAAGUUCUAUGCCGGCAAGCACUGAGGAACAUAGUGUCAAUGCUAGGGAGCUUGAUUUAGAUAGUUUGGGCUUUGGAUUGUCAGAGGAAGAUGCUCAAGGAAUUGAUGAAAUUCCAAAUCCAACUCCAAUGGCAGCAGCUAGAGGGGGGGCAAGUUCUAUGAGAGGUCCAAUGGACUUGUUUAUGAAAAGACCCGAAACUGCCAUUGCAAGAAACAAAAAGGAGAAAUUGAGGCAACAGAAUAUCAAGGAAGCAUGUAAUAAGGAAGCAGUUCGUAGAGUUCAUCGAUACAUAGCCCGGUGGUUCUACCAAGCUGGGAUUCCAUUGAAUCCAAUGAGAUUGAAGAGUUUUCAAGAAAUGUUGUGGGCUGUUGGAAGCUUUGGUCCUAAUUUACCUGCUCCCACUUAUCAUGCUCUAAGGGUGCUACUCCUUAAUGAAGAAUUAGAAUACACCAAAGACUUGUUGAAGGGUCAUAAGGAACAAUGGGAAAAGUAUGGCUGCUCUAUUAUGUCAGAUGCUUGGACGGAUAAGAGACAACGGAGCAUUAUCAAUUUUCUUGUAAACUCUCCUGCUGGGACAAUGUUUUUGAAGUCUAUUGAUGCCUCUGAUUAUGUGAAGACGGGUGAAAAAAUGUUUGAGCUUCUUGAUGGUAUUGUUGAGGAAAUUGGGGAGCAAAAUGUUGUUCAAGUUGUAACUGACAACGGGAGCAAUUAUGUUCUAGCCGGUAAGUUGCUGAUGGAGAAAAGACCGAAUUUGUUUUGGACCCCGUGUGCUGCCCAUUGUUUGGAUUUGAUGCUUGAAGACAUUGGGAAGUUACCGUUAAUCCAAAAAACCAUAAAAAGUGCCAUUUCUUUGGUUAGCUUCACUUAUAGCCACUCUAGCACUUUAUCCAUGUUGAGACAAUUCACAAAUGGCAAGGAAUUGGUGAGGCAUGCAGUCACCCGAUUUGCCACUUCAUUUCUCUCUUUGGAAAGGCUUUAUGAGGAGAAAGGAAAUCUAAGAAGAAUGUUCACUUCGGAUGAUUGGGUAAGGAAUAAGUUGUCAAGGGAGGCAAAAGGGAGGGAGGCAACAAAGAUUGUUAUUAGGCCCUCUUUUUGGAAUCAUGUCAAGUACACCCUUAAGAUCAUGGGGCCUCUUGUUCGGGUGCUUCGACUUGUUGAUGGGGAGAAGAAGCCGCCAAUGGGUUAUAUAUAUGAAGCAAUGGAGAAGGCAAAGGAAUGCAUCAUGAAAACAUUUUCUAAUGAUGUGAACAAAUAUUCUGAAGUUUUUAAAAUCGUUGACAACAGAUGGAAUUGCCAACUUCAUCGUCCGUUGCAUGCAGCUGGUCAUUUUCUGAAUCCGGAUUUGUUUUAUGAUAAUCCUCGCAUUGAAUUGGAUUUAGAAGUUACAAAGGGAUGGUUUGAGUGCAUCACUAGAUUGGUGCCAAGUGUAGCUGUGCAAGAGAAGAUAUUGGAGGAGCAAGCACUAUAUAAGGCCGGCUAUGGACUUUUUGGAUCAUCCUUUGCAAAAUCUCAGAGGAAAAAGAUUUCACCCGCAUUUUGGUGGCGGACAUAUGGGCAUGAAGCUCCAAACAUGCGAGACCUUGCUAUCAAGAUCUUGAGCUUGACUUGUAGUGCUUCUAGAUGUGAGUGCAAUUGGAGUAUAUUUGAGCAUAUUCAUACUAAGAAAAGAAAUAGGCUUGAUCAUGAAAGGAUGGAGAGUUUGGUCUUCAUAAAGUAUAACCAACAACUCAUCGAGAGGUAUAACCUUAAAGAUGAAGUUGACCCUAUUGCACUCAAUGACAUUGAUGAGUGUAAUGAGUGGUUAAUGGGAGAAAUUGGAACUACCACCUUUCGAGAUGAUGAUAAUGUGGAUGAUGAUGCUGAUUUGGUUCAUCAAGAUGACAACACUUUGAGUUGGAACCUUAUUUUUGAAGCAAUAGAAGGACAUGAGCCUACGACAUAUACUAGAAGACAACAAAAUAGAAAAAGAAAAGAACCUGCAACUGCAAGAGGUGGUGCAAAGGGUGGACCAAGUGGGUCUAAGGCUUCAAAAAAAGGAAAAGGAAAAGCAGUAAUUGUGGAAGAGGAAGAAGAACCAGAUUUUGAAGAUGAAGAGGAUUCUGAAAAUGAAGAAGAACAAGAAGAGGAGAUUCAAUUCAAUGAUACUGAAUCAGAGGAUGAUGAGGGGGUAGAGGGACACGAUAAUAAUCGUGUUAAUUUGGAUGAAUUUGAUGAGAGCUAGAAAUAGAAUGUAGAUGGUUUAUAGUUUUUAUGUUUUAUGUCUUCUAUUUUAUGGCUUGCUUAUGACUUUUGAGUUAUGAUUUGAACUUGAUGUUAUAUUUAUUUGCUAAAUUUGCUACUAUAUUUGCUAUAUUAAUUAGAUGUUUUAUGACUAGAAAGUUGCUUAUAUAGAUAGAUUUUAUAGUUUAUUAUAUUUGCAAUUUUUCUGCAUGUUUUUUUUGUACAUAUAUGUGUAUUUUAGGUAAUCCGCCAUUUCCGCCAUUUUCCGCAACGCCAUCCGCUAUAACUUUAUGGCGGAUUUUUGGCUCACCGCCAUGAGUCGCCAUCCGCAAUAAAAAACUAUGAUCAGAUAUCACUAUAUCAGAGUUCACAGAACUUCACAGAAUCAAGUAAUUAUUCAAUCGUAAAUUCAUAGUUAAUAAAAAAAAUUACCUAGAGAACACACAAGAGACAGUGGUUGUGGAAGGAGACAGAGACACCGAGAGACAAAGACAAAGACACCGAGCGACCAAGGGAGACAGAGACACCGAGAGACACCGAGGGAGACAGAGCAGUAGAUGGUGGCUUCGAAGGUCGCGAUGGCU